GUCAGCAAGAGUAAACGAGAUUGGGACAUCAAUGAUGCGAUCGUGCCGCAGGUGGCCGACAUGGAGUUCGAUGAGUUCAGCGAGUGGAGCGACGGUCAUGUGCGGCUGGUCUACUCGGUGCACAACGAGGAGGCCAAGAAGCACAUCUCCGGCUGGGCCAUGCGCAACACCAACAAUCACAAUGUGAACAUCUUGAAGAAGAGCUGCCUGGGCGUGCUCGUCUGCUCCCAGCACUGCACAUUGCCCAACGGCAGCAAGAUCAAUCUGCGGCCGGCGAUAUGCGAUAAGGCGCGACGCAAACAGGAGGGCAAGGCGUGCCCCAACAAGAGCUGCCGCGGCGGCCGGCUGGAGAUCAAGCCCUGUCGCGGCCACUGCGGCUAUCCGGUCACACAUUUCUGGCGGCAUUCCGGCAAUGCCAUCUUCUUUCAGGCCAAGGGCGUGCACGAUCAUCUGCGACCCGAUCCCAAGAACUCGAGCGUCUCGAAGCGAGCCUUCGGACGGGUCGCCCUCACGGCCGGCAAGAGCAGCUCCAGCCUGGCGGGCAGUAGGUCGAGCAGCGUGCCCAAGAAGUCGGUCAUAGCGGGCCUCGUGAAGCAGGUGAAGCAACAGAAUCUCAUGAGCAAAGUGCUCAAGCGCUCCACAGGCAGCCAGCCUCUGGGCCCCUCAGCUCUGGAGAUAUAUCAAUUCAAUGCCUGCGGCAAAUGCACCACGUAUAGCCACUGCACGUGCAGCUAUUUGGAGGACAGCACGCGCGCCCAUCAGCUGAGUCAAUCCACCAACUAUAUGAGCAGCUCCUGGCCGCUGGCCAAUGUCGCCAGUGAAGCAGCCAAUUGUGAAUCCUCGGCGAAUGUGUUCACGGUGAAUCAUCAGCAUAUUACCUACAAUUAUCCCAUAUACCAUGCCACGCCCACGGCUGCCACAGCUGCGCCCAGCAAAUCGCCCAGUCUGCCCUACACGUGCAUCUCGGAGCUGGCCUACCAGCCGCCCAAUCACCCACAGUCCACUCCGUCUGGCUUCGCUAGCAACGCCCACGGCAACGGCAGCUGUCAGCUGGGAUACGAGUCGAGUCCACAGCUGGCUACGCCGGAGCCGGAGUUCAUCAACUACUCGCAGAUCAAGCACCUCGAGCUGGGCUGCAAGAGCGAAACGACGCCCACCAUCAAGUACAAUGCGACCGUGGACACACAGCCGGUGGCGAGCUAUACGGAUGAUAACUACGAUUACUACUACCAGCGUGAGUCAAGCAAGUCCGACUACGAGCUGCAGCAUCAGCAGCAACAGCAGCAGCAGCAGCAACACCACCAGCAGCAGCAGCAUUACGGCAACAUUCCCAGUGGACACGCUCACUACUACGAGAGCGCCAAUAGCUAUAGCGGCGUCAGCUACUUUGAUACUGGCACUACGGCGCCAGGUGGCGCCAUUAACAGCGGCAGCGGCUGCGGCAGCAGCAGCGGCUUGAACCCGAGUCUUGAGCACGGCUCGAGCUACGGCAGCUACUACGAUCAUUAUGCCAACUAUGAGCAACAGAUGGCGGUAGCAGCGAAUGGCUUUGCUGCCGCCGGCGGCUCUGCUGCAGCUGCUGCUGCUGCCGCUGCCGCUGCUGCGGCAUCAGCUGUCACAGCUGCGGCGCCACCUGCGCCCACGCUCACCUACCAUCAUCAUCAUCACCAUCAUUUGCAUCAUUCGCCGCAACACGCCCCUCCACAAGCAGCCGCCCAUGCGGCCCAUUGAUUAGUACUUAAAAAGGCGCCACAUUACUCAUAGCUUAUACGUUUAAGAUUUGAAAUCGAUAAAUAUAUACAUAUAUAUA